AGAUAAAGUUUUGUUUUAUUUAUUAGCUAUAUGGACCUAGAAAUGUAUGAAGAAUGUGUUAGAGAUUAUGAAACUGUGUACAAGAAGGAACCAAAAAGAGCACACAAGCAGUUUUUAGAAGAAGCAAAACUGGAACUGAAAAAGAGCAAAAGAAAAAAUUUUUAUAAGAUACUUGGAGUUGAUAAAACUGCUUCUGAAGAAGAGAUAAAAAAGGCUUACCGCAAACGAGCCUUGUUACAUCAUCCAGAUCGUCACACUAAUGCAUCAGAACAGGAAAGGAAAGAAGAAGAGAAAAAAUUUAAAGAGGUUGGGGAAGCCUACAGUGUUUUGUCAGAUUCUAAAAAACGUGAACGAUAUGAUAAUGGUCAAGACUUGGAAGAUAUGGAUGGUUUUGGAGGUGGAAAUAUAGAUCCAAACCACAUCUUCCAGUGUUUUUUUGGUGGUCCUGGAGGUGGCUUCAGGCAAAGUGGUUAUAGCGGUGGACACUAUAGUCAAUUUCCUGGUGGAUUUACUUUUCAGUUUGGUUGAUUACUAUUUGCAAAUGAUUCAGAGAAAUCAUGGCUGCUAUUGGUUUUGUGACUCUCACCUCAUACAGUAUUUCUUAAAGAAAGAAGAUUUAAAUGGCAAAGAUGCUACACUAAACACUUAUAGAAUUAUGGAGAAAAACGUCAGCAUAGCUUUUCAUGAAAACAUUAAAUCAUAUUGAAUUUUGUCUGCUCUAGGACUGGUUGGAAACAUGCAUGUUUAGCUGAAAACAAAUUAGUAAUUAAGUUUUACCUUCCAGUACAAUUUAUAAUAAAAUGUAAAAGAUAAAAAUUUUAAAAUAGCACUUUAAAUUACUAGCAACUUUAUUUUCCAAGAUAGUUUAUAAAAACCAAACAAA